AUGAUACCACGUACAAGUUUGGGCCAUCAACUUCCCCUUCGUGCUGGAGGGGGCGGCCAGACGUCAGAGGCUGCCAAUGGUACUGCCUUGGAGCCUUUCUCGGAAGCCGUCCUUUCCCACCUCGUUUCGGCGAGUAGAGACAUCUCGUCACAAGAUGGGGAAACAUUCACCGAUGAAAAGUCGUUCUUGACAUACAUGGCCUCAGACAAGUCAAACGCAAUGUCGGCACCUGUGCACAACGAUCUGAGCUAUCCCAUGUCGUCUUAUUUCAUAAGCUCCAGCCAUAACACCUACCUUUCUGGUCACCAGCUCUAUGGUGACGCCUCUGUGUACGCCUACACCAAUGUACUCACGCGCGGCUGUCGGUGCUUGGAGAUAGAUGUGUGGGACGGCGAGAGCGACUCUGAAUCCAGCAGCUCAGAAGGCGACGAGGAUAAGUCUACUAAGUCUGACCUAAAGCAGUCACGCUGGAACAGGGUCAAAGCUCGAGCAGCACGAAUGCGCUCGAGCUCUCGCUCAGAAUCGCAUGCGGCCAGCACGAACAUCAGCUCCACCUUACCAACUGCUUCACCCGGGACUCAAACCACAGAAUCGCUGAAUGGGACUGACAGGUCGGGCUCACCACGAAAGACUGAGUCGUCCUCACUUGACCCAAAUCGUCUUUCGCCGCACCCUUCGCCCCCUCUAUCUGAUAAAAGAGAGCCGCGAGUCCUCCAUGGCUACACUUUAACCCAUCCUAUCACCUUUCGCGCCGUCUGCCACGCUAUCAGAGAUUCGGCUUUCGUGAGCACAGAGCUGCCGUUAAUCGUGUCUCUUGAAGUGCAUGCCUCCCUUGUCCAGCAAGAGGUCAUGGUCGAGAUUAUGCGCGAUGUCUGGUCCGAGUUUCUGGUGAACCUCCCUAAAGGAACAGACGUUUCAGCGCUUCCUUCUCCAAAGUCGCUCAUGAAGAAAAUUUUAAUCAAAGUCAAGUGGGUUCCGGACUCCCAGACUGGAGAGUCCAAUGAUCCCAUUGAACAUGUGAGCUCAAAUUCCUCCGAGGGCGCGGGUGUCGAUGCGAUAUCGACCUCCUCAGAGAAACGAAAGAAAGCCUCCAAAGUGCUGGCUGCGCUCUCGGAACUAGGGAUUUAUACUCGGGCCUAUACGUUCAAGCAUUUCUCACAGCCCGAAGCCACUAUCCCAACACACGUUUUCAGCCUGUCCGAGAGCAAGGCCCGGGAUAUGCAGGAUGACCCGUCCCACGGUCCCGCGUUAUUCAAGCACAACAGAAAUUUCCUGAUGCGUGUGUUCCCCCGGGGGACCAGAAUUAACAGCUCAAACGUCGAUCCGAUCUUCCAUUGGAGACAAGGCGCGCAAAUGGUGGCUCUGAAUUGGCAGAAGUUGGACAUGGGAAUGAUGCUCAACGAAGGAAUGUUUACUGGGACGGGUGGUUGGAUUCUCAAGCCGGAAGGUUACCGCAGUACAGCAACAGACGGGGUUUCAAAAUUGCAAGAGGGAGUUGAGCCCAAACGGCAACGGCUAGACCUGGAAAUACGACUCCUCGCAGGGCAGAGACUUCCGGUAUCCACGGAUAAAGACUCCUCACACGGUCCCAAGAUGAAACCGUAUGUCAAAAUGCAACUACACGUCGAUUCACUUUGCUCUCCCGACCCCAGCAAGGCCUCGGGUUUGGGCAAACCCAAAGACGAACCCGAAUCACAUAGCGGUGAAGAUGUCGACUCCGGCCUUUUCAAACAUAGGUCCGCUACCGGCCGCACCGACUCUCCUGAUUUCCGUCGCGAGUUAAUGAGUUGGCCGAAUAUGUCAAAUGUUCUUCAAGAACUGAGCUUCAUCCGGUACGUACCUUUUUGUUUAUCCCUUCCUGGAAUGUCUUGCUUCAUGUCCAAAGUUAUUUUGUCCCUGUAA